GAUUAGAUGAUGUCAUAAAAGUUGCACCCGUUCUCGUCUUUACCUUUUUGCAUUAUUAUUUGUUAAUAAUAUUACAUACCGAUAUAGUAUCAGUGAGUACUGUGAGCCAUUUGACCGAAUGAGCUGCUCAUUGAGUAUUUUGUGAGUUUUUUCUUUAGCUUUUGUGCUCUGUCGAUAGCUUUGCUUUUGGCGCUCACAUUUCACUGGACAAUACUUUUCGUGAGUUAAUUUGAGUUAAAAAUCAACAACAGAAAGUUGUAAAAUCAGCGUGUUGCUGAUAAAUAUUAGAUCACAAUACUGAUGUAAUUGUGCUCAUGUAAAUAUAUUCGCUUACGUUUUAAACCGGAAUACUGUCAAUGGAAAGCGAAAUAAACAGCGAGUGUAGUUUGGCUUUAGUUGAGGAUGACUUAGUUCAUGUUCCCGUGAUUCCUCCGGCUUGCUCGCCAUGGAGCAGAUCAUCAUCCGGCCUCUGGUCCACCGAGGGAAACUUCCAAACAGUAUUAAAAGAAAAUUCUGAACACCAAAACGGCACAUUACCUUCCAUCAAAGCAACCCAUAGCCAAACGGUUCAGACAGAUGACUCAACAGAGGAACGAUCAACCAACACAAAUGAGAACUGGGAAUCAGACAUGCAUUCCAUAGAAGAUGACAGUAUUGAGUUGAACCAGCAUUACGAGGCUCUCAGGAAGCAGCAUGAAGUAGAGCAGGAUGAGCACAGUCAAAGUGUCAGCAGUCUGAAGAAGACGAGAGAAGACUGGAAUCACAAGUACCAGUGUUUUAUUGAAAAAAUUGAGUCCUUACAAAUUAAACUGGAGCUUAAUAGCAGCAAGACCACCCGGAAAAACUUCAUGGUAAAGCGGCAAGAGCUUACCGCUGAGAAAGAACGAAUGGAAGAGGAGAAAACAAGACUGGCUCAGGAGUUGGAGGACACAGAAAGGAAACUGAAGAUGCUGAUUGAAGAACAGAGUCAAGAGAAGCUGACCUGGGAGCAGGAAAUAGCUGAUUUGAGGGUGGAAAUGGAGACGCUUUGCAGACAGGCAGAGCAAGCCAAUCAGACAGCUCUUCAGGAUGAGAUAGCUGCACUUGAGAUGCAGAAAGAGGUUGCAAUUUCUCAAGUGGAGGACUGGAUUGUAGAUGCUGAAAGAUAUCUUAAUUCUCUUAGAAUAAAUCCUACCCAGCAGCUCUUUCACCAGCGGCAGAAGUGGGAGCAGAACGUGGUGAUGGUCCACAGUAGUCUGGCAGGACUGAAGGACAAGUUUAAUGAAAACCAUCAGCUCUUGCUAAGAGGUGAACAGUUGGACAGUUUACCUUCAAUCCCCCUCCCCUCACUCCCACCAGUGCCUACAUUCGAGUUGAUACUGAAUCCACUUCCUGUGUCCCACCCCAUUUUCAACAGUGGCCCACCAGCUAGCACAGCAACUCCUCCUUUAGCUCAUUCCCAUAUCCACUCUUCUGCCACACCACCCCUAAUAGCCACACCCCCGCCUUGUGCCCCAACUCCUCAAAACACACCAUAUCUACCUGUUAGCUCACAUGCACAUGUCCCAAACAAUCAUAUCACCAUGACAACCCAUGCAUCUGCACCUUACAUAUCCAUACCACCCACCUGCCUGCCUCAAACACAGACCUUACCACAGAUGUACAUGGGCAUUCCAGCCUCAUCAGCCCCCUAUGUGGGAUUACCGAAUAAUUAUGGAGCUAGUUUUCAACCCCAAGCCACAGUGCGCCUUCCGCAAACAUUCAUGCAGAACACAUCUACUCGUAACUCCUCCCCCAGACUCCCCUCCAAUCCUGCACCGGUAGGAAAACUGGACAAGCUGCUGGAGAGACUGGGCUCACAAUUUCCACAAUGCACAAGAGAUCAGUUAACAAGGGUUCUACAGCAAAUCAAGAGUGAGCGUGGUACAAUGGCUGGCAUGUCAAUAGAUGAUGUUACUCAGCAGGUUUCCCAGAGACUUGCACAGAACCAGAGACUGCCACCAGGCCCUAUAGCACCCCCAUCUGGAGCCAGAGCCUUUCCUGGUUCAGUUGGCCCAAUUCAGCGUCCAAUAGCCCAGCCAGUGCGUCAUAUGCGGCCUCAUUUCCGUGCCCCUGUCGCCCAGGUCUUUCACACAAGACCCCCACAGUCCCCUGCCCGUAGAUUUUGUUUGAUGUGCCAGAAUCCUGUAGAUGCUGGAAGCCAGUACAACACAAACUGCUCUCAUAUGAUGCAUAAAGAUUGCGUCAGUGUUUGGCUCAAGACCAGCAAGAAUAACUCCUGUCCUUUCUGUCCAUCCAAAUGAGGACUGACUAAGCCAGAAAACAAUCACAGCCAUAUUUGAGCCAAUACCUGCAGAAAAUGAAGUAGAAAUUAUCAUAUUAAAGGAAUUGUUACCCCACAAAUGAAAACUGUUUACUUUUUACCCUUAUGUAGUUCAAAACCCAUAUCACUUGUUUUUCUUCUGUGGAACACAAAAGGAUAUUUAGAAUGUUUGAAUGCCACAAUUGUUGAUUUCCAUACUAUAGUAGUUUGAUAGUGACUCACUUUAAAGUUUUACUAAGUGUGACAUAAAGGUAGUCCAUGCAACCUGUGCAUGCUAUUUCAAGUCUUCUGAAGGCAUACAAUCACUUUGAAUGAUGAAUAAACUAAAAUGUAAGUAAUUAUUCACUCCUAAAUCAAAUUAUUUAUCAACUCGUAGACACAUCACUAAUAUAAAAACUCAUUGGUAUGAUGACCUCAGUGAGAUUUAAUGUAAUUGAUGUUUCACCAUAUUUGAUUUUGGCUCUGUGUGCAUGAGAUAUGAAUUGGUCCUUUAUUUGAUUUGAGAGUGAAUAACGACUUAAAUUUCAGUCCAUUAGUAAUCGUUGUCUUCAGAAGACUUGGAAUAUGAAACAAAAGCUGCAUGGACUUUUAUGACACUUGAGGGUGCUUUUUUAUUUUAAAGUGAGUCACUAUUAACUGCUAUUGUAUAGACGCUAGCAAAAUAUACCCCAAAAAAUAUAUCCUUUGGUGUUUCGCAGAAGAAGGAAUGUCAUAUCAGGUUGGAAUGAAAUGAGGGUGAUUAUAUAAUGAAAUAAUUUUCAUUUUUGGGUAUACUGUUUGGUUGAGCCAAGCUUUUGUAAUUCUGUAAUUCUCAAUCUGUUUAUUGUCAAAAAUAAUUUGUUUCUGGUCCGAUAACUAUUUCUGUGAAGACAUUGUGUAAUUAUACAUUUUUAUUAUUAUUUUUCAAAUCUGUGGAAUCCUUUCAGUAUGAAUUGUACUUUUCUCCAGUAUUUAAUAUUAUUCCAAAGACUUUUGAAUAUACCCUGAAUUGUACUAUAUAACAGAUUAUGCUUUUUCUAAAGGCCAUGUUACAACAUACUGAAUGUGCAAACUCCAGCACAGAAUAAAAUGUUUCUU